AUGACGACAAAGGAGGGUCGGGUUAAUAUACUGAAGAAUGGCGAAACUUUACUAAGAGAGUUGAUUACCUUGUUUAAUGGUAAACGAAAUCCAAUUCGUAAUUUCUCUGCUAAAGAACUCAAGACAGCAACAAGCAACUACGACAUGGGAAAUGUUAUUAUAAUUGAUGAUUCCUAUAGACUAUACAAAGGUUUCCGGAAGGAUGGCCCUAUUUCUGUUAUGAAGUAUGAAGACAAUACAAGCAUCGAACAAGCAAAUAAAGAGUCUAUUAAUUGCAUUGUAUUCGCCUCACAAAUGGGUCAUAAAAAUAUUUUGAAGUUGAUCGGAUGUUGCUUAGAGACUCAAACUCCCAUUCUAGUCUUUGAAUAUGUACAGCAUUACACUUAUGCUAACCUUAUUUACCGACCUCUUGAACCCCAGUUUAAGCCUUUACCAUUGACACAUAGAUUAAAGAUUGCAAUGGAGGUGGCUAAUGCAGUUGCAUAUCUCCACUUUGGAUUUUCUCGGCCCAUUGUUUCUAGAACGUACAAACCAGGCUACAUUGUAUUCAAUGAUCAACAUGUUGCUAAAAUGUUUGAUUUCUCGUGGUCUGUGUCUAUUCCAGAAGGUGAAACUCACAUUGAAAUCGCAGUGCAAGGGCUAUUGGAAUAUAUUGCACCUGAGUACUUAAAAAAAGGUAUAUUAAAUGAAAAAACUGAUGUUUAUGGUUUUGGUUGUUUUCUGAUCGAGCUCUUGACUGGAAACGGAAUAUCUAAUAUUCUUCAAGCUGAACCAGACUAUGACCUUAUAUUAGAGAAGAUUAUGAAGAAAUGUAUUGAAGAUGGGUAUAAUAAGAUGGUAGAUCCCACGAUUCUUGGAGAGGAACCUUAUUCUGGAAAGGACCUGCAAUUGCAAGCUGCUACACAGCUUGCUGUCAAAUGUGUCUCUGAAUCUGCAGAAGAAAGGCCAACAAUGAUUGAUGCCGCAAAACAGCUCAGGCAAAUGUAUCGCCUCUCCUAG